AUGGCGUCGACGGACCUCCCGCCGACGCCGACCGGGUACGAUACGAUGCUCGGCAGCGACGACACUCGCACGGCGGACGGUGAAGAGAAGCCGGACCGUGUUUCCGUGGACCCCGCGGAAGGGGUCGUCGAGGGACCGGCGGCGAAUGGCCCGAGCAAGGAAUCGUCUCGCCCGGACGACGGCCGAGAGCGCGUCCGGCUCGUCAGGGGCGACGACGGCGCCUUCACCUUUGUCGACGGCUCGCGUCUCGUCAACAACCUGCCCUGGAUCGUCGGCUUCAUGGAGCUCGCCAACGCCGGCGACUUUGCCGCCAACGUGUGGAACCAGGUGCCCGUGCCCGUCUACGCCAUCGUCUUCAUGGCCAUCGGCGGCACCGUCGCCGGCAUCCUCAGCGUCUUUGCCUUUCGCGACGCUCGCCUCUCCUGCAAGAACGUCCGCUUCCUGCGGCGGCAACGGCGGGAGCAGCAGGCCGAGCGCGCCCGCCGCCUGCGGCAUGGCCUGUCGACGCUCGACGUGGACGUCCUCAUGGCCGUCACCUUCCGCGAGUUCGGCAGCGAGGUCAUCGGCCGCUGGUUCAUGGACAUUCUCAUGGGCUGCGGCGCCGUCCUCAUCUGCGUCGGCACCUUCAUGGCCAUCGGCGGCGCCGACCCGGCCGUCUACGAGGCGAGCAACAUCCUCUCCGGCUACCUCGGAAACGCACCCAUCGCCCUCUUCGGCCUCGUCAACUCGGCCUGGGCCGCCUACAUCUUCGCCAAGGCUCGGGGCCACGUGAGGGCGACGCGCGAAACCCUCAGGGGCUCGGCCGCCGCGGCCCUCGUCAAGCGUCGCAGCCGCAACGUGCAGGUGUUUUGCGCCGUCAACGGCACGGCCGCCAUCCUCGGCGGCCUCGGCUCCAUGCUGACGGCCACGUACUGGUGGGGGUACGUCAUCCUGAUCCCCGUCAUCGUCGCCUCCGUCUUCUGCAACGUCUGGUGGCGACACCGCGUCGGCUACACCCGCUGGCACCCCAAGCCCGGCGAGUUUCCGGCCCUCGUCCCCGCCGAGCUCGUCGCCGAGCUCGAGUUUGCCGCCCGCGCCGCCGUCGUCGCCCGCGAGCGCGAGAGGUCGCCGAUCGACGAGUUCGUCGCCGACGCCGGCUCGGUCCGCGACGUGCUCGCCUUCCUGCGUCGACACCUCUUCUUCGACGCGUUCUGCCUCCGAGUCGCCUCGACGCCCGACCUCUGCGACGCCCUCGGCGGGAAGCAUCAGCCCGAGCUGCUCGUCGGCAUCGACGAGCUUCUGGCCCUCCCCGAAUCGCUUCACCCGACGCUGCUGGCCACGGCGCACGCCUACGUCGACGAGUUUGGCCGGAAGCAGUUUCAAUACCACGAGCGGUACAUGGCCGAGCUGCUGGGCACAUACUACAGGAUAGCAGGGAAUGUCAAUUUCGACGGAAACUCGGACGUCACGGAAAAGCAAUGA